AACAAUUUCUUCAUUCUGAAGAAGAUUUACUUAACAAUUUAACUAUUCAUUGUUAUGAUGCAGAUAUUCAUGAAAAACGGAAAGAUCGACAACUUACUAAAAAAGUAGUGAACGAAAAACAUGAGCGUGUCUUGCUCAAAAUGACGAAACAACCUGGAAACGAUACUUGCGCAGAUUGUGGUGUAAAGGGACCUCGAUGGGCUUCUCAUGAUCUUGGCUUAUUUCUUUGCAUACGCUGUGCUGGUUUACAUCGUAAAAUGGGAACCCAUAUUUCCAAAGUCAAAUCAAUAUCUUUAGAUUCUUGGACACCAGAACAAAUCGAGAAUAUGCGACAGUGGGGAAAUUUGAAAGCUAAUGCCAAAUGGAAUCCUCGUCCAGAAUUUCAUCCGGUGCCAGUUAAUGCUUCUGAUAGUGAAAUGGAAAGGUAUAUACGAAACAAAUACGAAAAACAAAUUUAUCUUGAAAAUCCCGAUAAACAAUCAACACAUCUUUCGUCGGUUGCUCCUCCAUCAACACCUCCACGUCGUGCAACGAAUAAUUCCAUCUCGAAAUAUAUUCGGAAUCAUGAUCUCGCGUUGCGACAACUUAAAGAUAUGGGAUUCAAUGAUAAUACUCGAAAUCGCGAAGUUUUAGAUACUACUAACGGGGAUAUUGGUGCAGCUACUGAAAUUCUCUGGAUUUCGAGUAAUGAUAAGCUAACUCAAAUAUGGAAUAUGGGGUUUCAAGAUGAUGCGAAGAAUCGUGAUGCUCUUCGACGUACUGGCGGUAAUGUUGAAGUAGCUGCUGCACUAUUAUUAGAAUCUCGUAAUCCAGUGAAUAAUAAUUCUAGUAAUGUCAAUAGUGCAAAUCACAUUCCUGUAGCCACUUCCCAAACAGAGCAACAACGAAUGCAAAUUAAAUUACCAGUUUCACAAUCAUCCAGCCAGUCUCUUUUAGACUCACCAUCCUCGCAACAAAUGUCAUUUCAACAAUCAAAAAUAACCGCUCUAAAUUCAUCUCAAAACCCUUCGGAACUUUGGAGUUCGUUUGGACCUCAAGGAACCGGUUUUACGCCUCAAAAAUCAUCAUCUAAUAUAUUUGGUUCUACGAAUAAUGGAAUGCAAUUAAGACCGGCCAGUUCCGGAUUUGGGCAACAACAAAUUCAAUUUAAUCAAGUUAAUCAGCAUUCUCAACAAAAUUUAGCAGAUAUGAGAGGAAACGGUUUUAACUCUAAUAAAACAAUAUUAUCAAAUAAUACUUUUGGAAAUAUGGGAACUCCUACAUCUGGUUCAAACGGCAUGAAUAGAAUGGAUGGAAUGGGAAAUCCUGAUUUAUUUGGAAAAGAUUUUAACACAAAUGAUUCAAUGGUAUCACCUAAUGGGUCGAAUGAUAAUUUAAACGCUUUUGGAAAUAGGGGAAACUUUACUUCUAUUACACCCAAUAAUGUAUUAAUAUCUAAUGGUAAUUCAUUUGGUAGAAUAAUGCAACAACAAAAUUCAAUGAUUACACCUAAUAUGAUGCCAAAUCGACAAAAUUCUUUACCAAAUUUUGGAAACGUGUCCACAUUCACACCGGGUUAUGGAGGCGAAUUUGGACAAUUGCAGCAACAAGUUACAACCUCUAAUUUUGUAAUGCAACAGCAAAGAUCAUCAACAGAAUAA